GUCGUAAAGUGGCACCCAAUACGGAAGCGCGCAACAAGCGAGCGGUCAACACAUCACACGCCAGCACAGCCACUCGCCAACACAGCCAAGAUCACCAACCUGAUGCGCGUCCUGGUUGGGCCAGUGACGCUGGCACUAGCGCUUGCGCUGGCGCUUGCUGUGUUGCUGCUGCCGGCAGUGCCAGUGACAGGUGCAGCGGAGCUGGUGGAGGACGAGGCGGGCUCGCUGCAUGUGAACACAACCGGCCGCGUGUACUUCAACGGCGUGGACGUUGUGGACAAGGCAUACAACCUCACGCACAAGCUGCAGGCCCUCACAGACCAGCUGUGCGAAGGCUGGCCGACCCGAGACAUUCACACGCGAGCGAUCCCCUUCGACUCCCCCGGUCGUUACCAGUACUCGGGCGGCGUCCUCGCCAGCAACGGCAAGAUUUACGGCAUCGCUGCUUCUGCCAACUCCAUCAUGAUCAUCGACCCCGUCACCAACACGCUGGACACGACCACCAUCUCCAUGGUCUCGGGAACCUGGACUGGCGGCGUCCUGGGCACCAACGGGAAGAUCUACACCAUUCCAUGGAAGAAUGUGCCUGUGCUGGAGAUUGACCCGGCCACCAACGAGACGUCCCUCAUCCCCGUGCCGGCUGGCUUGGGCAGCAGCUGCAACUACGUUCGCGGCGCACUGGCACCCAACGGCCUCAUCUACGCCGCGCCAACCUGUGCCGCUGGCGUGCUCGUCAUUGACCCGUUCACGGGCACCGCAGAUGCCACCUCGCUGUACGUCUCGGAGGACGCUUUCAAGUGGGAGGGCAGCGUCGCCGCCAACAACGGCAAGGUCUACGGCAUCCCGUUCAGCGCCAACUCCGUCCUCACCAUCGAUCCAGAGACAAACGCCACAGACACCACCACCAUGGCGGGCUUGCCUGGCGUCUCAAAGUGGUACGACGGCGUGCUGGGCCCCAAUGGCAAGAUCUACGGCAUGCCGUGGGGAUCGCGCCGGGUGCUUGUCAUCGACCCCGACACCAACACCACAGACAUCACGGCGUUUGCUCCCGUGCCGAGUGGAUGGCGGUGGAUUGGUGGCGUGGUUGGCCCAGACAACCGCAUAUACGGCACGCCGGCCACCGCGCCCUCGCUGCUGGCCAUUGAUCCAGCGACCAACGCCAUCGACUACACCACUUUCACGGGCAUCACCCCGCAGGAGGGCUGGCGCGGUGGCGUGUAUGUGCCUGCGUUGCACCGCAUUUACGGCAUUCCAUAUCACGCCACCAGCGUCUAUGUCGUCGACCUCACUCUCAUCGGCAUCUGCACUUGAGAUGGGGGAGGGAGAAGGGAGGGGAGG